AUGGAACAGUGGCAGUCACCAUACUCGGACGCUGCUGGCGCGUCUCGACGUUACAACAGCGGCGCCAGCAACAGCAACAGCGUCGGCCAGGGCCACAACCAUUUGUCGCGGGACUUCAAUGGUCAGCAGCAACAGCACCUGAACCAACAACCACACCAUCAACAACAGCAGCAGCAGCAGCACCAUACGCCACAGCCGCCCAUCGCAUUCAAGUACGAUCAGUACCCGAGCUCGCAACAGUCGCAGAUUUACCACCAGCAACAACAGCAGCAUCACCACAACCAGCAGCAACAGCAACAGCACCCGCACCAACAACAACAACAACAACAUCAUCAUCAUCACAUUCCGAGUCUCAAUACUGCCACCUCGCCAAUUGCUACGCCGCAGAUACGAGACGGCAACGGCGACGUCCCCAUGUCGGAUGCUCACGAUCAAUACUCUGGCAUGAAGUAUCCAAUGCGGCCCCACCACCAAGCCCACCUCAGCGCCGGCGCCCGUCCCUCGAACCUGCACUCUCCCCAAGAGUCGUCUGCUGCCGCUCAAAGGUAUUCGCCCAUGGAAGUCAUGUCGCCUACAUCGCCGUACUCCCCUUACACGCCAAAGUCGUCGUCGGGUGCCGGUGGUAGCCACUUCUCCAACUUGCCCCCGCAGCAGCGUCAGUCGCCUACGCGUGGUGCUUCAGACUAUGGGAACUCCCUGCACAGCCCGUACCCUCCCCAGAGCCCAUAUUACCCGAGUCGUCAAUCAUCCCAGUCCCAGGGUGGCCACUCUCAAUCGGGCUCGCAGCAGCUGCCGCCAAUUUCGCCGCACACUGGCGCCUAUGAUGGCUUCUCCCUCUCUGCCACCACCCCGACGACCGAGUCGCUCUAUCCCCCGGACCCCAAGUCGCCGAGACGUAUCAUGCCCCAGCCGACCUAUUCUGCCCCUCAGCCCGUUCCUGAGCUCAAGAAGCUGCGGGCAUUGUCGGAUCUGCGACCCAAAGUCAGCGCGCAACCGCCUUUCCGGCGAGCCAACCCCGAGGGUGGGUUCAUAAGCCCUCUGCAAGCUUUGACUGUUCAUCUGCCUGCGACAUACAGAAUUUGCAACCCGAGCUUUAAGUAUGAGUCCUCACGCAACCCGCGUCGGGUUCUUACCAAGCCUAGCAAGGGUACCAAGAACGACGGAUAUGACAAUGAGGACAGCGAUUAUAUCCUCUACGUCAAUGAUAUCCUCGGAUCCGAGGAAGCUGGACACAAGAACCGAUAUCUGAUUUUGGACGUGUUGGGCCAAGGAACAUUUGGCCAGGUGGUAAAGUGUCAGAACCUGAAGACACAAGAGGUCGUCGCUGUAAAAGUGAUCAAAAACCGCACCGCCUACUUCAACCAGUCUAUGAUGGAGGUCUCAGUCCUCGAUCUACUCAAUACCAAGCUCGACAAGAACGACGAUCACCAUCUCCUGCGACUAAAGGACACAUUUAUUCAUAGACAACAUCUUUGCCUAGUGUUUGAGCUACUGAGUGUGAAUCUUUACGAACUAAUCAAGCAAAACCAGUUCAGAGGCCUUAGUACGACGCUUGUCCGUGUCUUUGCGCAGCAAUUACUCAACGGCCUUGCACUUCUUAACAAGGCGCGUCUGAUACACUGUGAUCUCAAGCCCGAGAAUAUCUUGCUGAAGAAUCUCGAGAGCCCAAUCAUCAAGAUUAUCGACUUCGGCUCGGCUUGCGAUGAACGGCAAACAGUCUAUACUUACAUUCAGUCGAGAUUCUACCGGUCUCCCGAGGUUCUUUUGGGGUUGCCGUACUCAUCUGCCAUCGACAUGUGGUCGCUUGGCUGUAUUGUGGUGGAGCUGUUUCUUGGACUGCCGCUCUUCCCUGGAUCAUCCGAAUACAACCAGGUAUCUCGGAUCGUUGAGAUGCUGGGCAACCCGCCCAACUGGAUGCUUGAAAUGGGCAAGCAGUCCGGGGAGUUCUUCGAGAAGCGGCAGGACGAGUUCGGGAGGCGAACAUACCAGCUGAAGAGUAUGGAACAGUACUCAAAAGAACACGGCACAAAAGAACAGCCCAGCAAAAAAUACUUCCAGGCCAACACCCUACCGGAAAUUAUCAAAACAUACCCGAUGCCACGGAAGAACAUGAAGCAGAGCGAGAUCGACAGAGAAAUGAACAACAGGAUUGCGUUCAUUGACUUUGUCAGGGGGUUGUUGACCAUCAAUCCCUUGGAAAGGUGGUCUCCUCAACAAGCAAAGCUCCAUCCUUUUAUCACUCAGCAGAAGUACACAGGGCCGUUUGUUCCGCCCAUGAACCUGAAGUCAAGCUCCCUUAACCGCUCCCCGGCGCCUGGGACCCAACAGCAACAGCAGGCUGAGGCUCUUAGCAAGCAGCGAGCCCAAGCCGCUCAGGCACAAGCCAAUUCUGCAGUUCAAGGUGCAUACGCAUCAAUGGCUACGCCAGCACAGUACCAGCACCAGCCUGGUCACCCGACGUCAGCUCCACCGGUGUAUGCCAACAAUUCUGUGUACGCUGCGGGCGGGAGCCACGCACCGCCAGCGCCUCCGCCGUACGCGACCUCGCAGGGUGCUUACGGACAGAUGCCCCAGUCUCAGCCACCGGCACAGAUGCCUCCAGCCAACUACGCAGGAGUUCCGCCGCAACAGGGACAACAGCAGCCACACCAGUCUCAGAAUAACAUGUAUGCCCAGCAGAGGUCGCGCCAGCGUGCGUCUACCAUGGAGCAACAUCACCAGAGCGGUAUUCCUGCAGCGAUUCAGAGGGUGGCCAGCCACCUGGAUCCCAGCCAGCCCAUCCGCCUGCAGCCCAGCCCAGCAUACUACCCCCCUCCCUCCGAUAGCGGUGCUCUCAUGGACAAUACUCCUGGUCGUAUGGGUCCCAACAGAAGAGGUAGUCGCGCGCAACAAGGAGGUCGUGGUAACAACAAGGAUUUCAUCCGCAAUCUAGAGGAGCGCACGCUCGAGGAAGGUUUCAUGAGCAGUUCUCAACAAGGCUCUUGGCAUUGAGGUUGAGAAUUGCUGCCAGUUAGUGGCGUCAAGUAGAGCCGAUUGUCGUUUCUCUUGCUUCAGCAAUCCGCACGUGUCAAUUCAAUGACAUGACGGCAUCGUUCGUCGACUGGCAAGCGUUAUCCGCGAAAUAUGAACAGCUGCGGUUCUGAUUGACACCGAAGCCCUCUACAAUUUUUGUUGGACACGUUGUCACUUAGGGCAACGUGAUCCAAGUGGGCUUAUCUCGGACCUGCUCUCCCUUGGGCAUGUGACGCGGAUGAGAAAUUGCAUGUUGCUGGGUCUUCAAUAGGGGCGCCUCAGCUGAAGAUGGCAACAUGAGGGAGAGCGAGAUGCACCAGAAGAUGAGCCGUCAGCAGCGUCGCCGACGAACGCCAUACAAUACACACUAGGGAAGGCAUCCGCGAUGUCAAGGGCUGGUCGGCCAUUCUCUCGCUCCGGAACCCGACAAAAUAGCACCCUUCAGAGGUUAGGGUGUUAGGGUGGGGAAAUUAGGCAAAACUCUCGAGAUUUGUGUCUAGUCCCUUAGUUUUAUGCUCUCUUUGUGCACAAGCUUUGUACCUUCUCCGAACCCAAGAUUCUCCGCGGGAAUGGGAUAGGCCCACCUUAAGGAGUCAACAUGCGGACAGUUUUGGGGAUGAAUAGAAGGUAGGCGAUGCGAGCGAUUUGAAGACUCCAAUUUCACUCUUCAAAAUGGGUCACCGGUUAGGAUGGCAGGGCUAUUGCCGAAAGGCUUGCCUGGGUUGACGGCGGCAUGUCUGAGGCAAGGUUGAUUGAUUGAUGGAUUCAACUUGGGGGAUAUGCAUCGAAGGACAAGUGUUAGGUGUUUUCUUCCUUUUUUUGUUCUUCUUUCGCUGACGAGAUGAUUGGCCGGCCCGUCUUUGCCCCUGCUUUGUCGGUUCAACGAAGCUUUAUAUCUAUAUCUUUUCCUUCGAUUUUGUAAGAGUAGUAAGGUGCUUGAAUCACAAUAUGUGGAAUGCAUCAAAAGCAAACAUGUCUUUGUUCCUUUGAAAUUUUGGCGCCCGCUGGGUCUGCUAGGGCGCGAAGACAAGGUCGAUAAAGUGAGAGGUUACAG